UCAAAGUAUUUGUUGCCUUUAGGGAAGCAGAAUGAAGAACACCUCUUUUCAUCGCAUCAGGUUCGAAUUUACGAGCCAAUUCCUUCCUCCUGUAUUCAUCUUAGUCUUCAUCAUCGGUCUGCUGGUUAAUGGAUGGGGAUUGAAGUCUUUGCUGCACAACUGGAAGAAACUAAAGAUCAUCAAUGUGUUUGUUCUCAACCUCGGACUUGCUGAUAUUUUGUACCUGCUCACACUCCCCUUUUUGGUGGUGUACUACUACAUGAAGGAAAAGUGGAUCUUUGGGGACGCAUUCUGCAAGAUAACACGAUUCUGCUUCAAUCUGAAUUUAUAUGGCAGCAUCGGGUUCCUUACCUGUAUAAGUGUGUACAGGUACCUGGCUAUUGUCCAUCCAAUGAGAGUGAUGGGAAGAUUAACUUUGACUCACUCUGUGCGGAUCUCAGCCGUGGUUUGGUUUUUAGUCAGCGUUCAAAGUCUUCCAGACAUGUUCUACAGAAAAACAUCUGUAAACAACACUGAGAAAUGUUAUGAUACUACGCACAAGACGUAUGUGGAUGAUUACCUGAAAUACAGCCUUGGAUGGACAUUCACUGGGUUCUGUAUCCCAUUGCUCAUCACACUGGGCUGCUAUGGACAUGUGGUUGUCGUUCUCUGUCGCACAAAUGCCACUGACAAGGAACUGAAACAGAGAUGCUUGAAGUUGUUGUUCAUUGUGAUUCUUCUCUUCUCUGUUUGUUACAUCCCCUAUCAUGUACUGAAGAACCUCAACCUCUGGUCAAGAGUUCUGCAAAAACAGAAGAUAUGGUGCAAAUGGUUUAACGGAGUCUACGUUGCUCAUCAGAUAAGUCGCGGCCUUGUGUGUCUGAACAGUGCUCUCAACCCUCUGGUUUACCUCCAUGGAAAUGAAGAUAUUAAUGCUCAGCUCAGACAGCUGCUCCAACAAGCUCGUCAGAUGUUCAGCCGUCCGCCUCCAACAAACUCUGUUGGUGUUCCUAUGGCACCAAUCACAGAUGGACGUUGUAGAAAAUAAACAUUUUACUGCAUAUGUCAUUAUUUUCUUUCUAUUG